GGUCUUGCGCAGAGUAUGACCCGCCGUAGCCGAGCGCGCACGUAUUGCGCACUCGCAUCGCGCUCUAAAACAAAACACAGUGCGCGUUGAAUUAACUUGAUCAGUGACGGCUCGCAAUCGCAUCUCCCAGGUAUUUUUAGACGAACGCUUCCAAACAGGUUCUUUGCGAAAGUGAUACCGUAUCCUAAUGAGAUGGCGCGGUACCAGUUUCUUUGUUUAAUCGCAGCAGCUGCAUUCGCUCCCUUGACCUUUGCUGCAUCAGCCCUCCAAGACAGUACGUUGCCCAACUUGCCUCAAGAGGAAGAAGAUAAUAGCCGCUAUAAGACUCUAGAAGCCAACGCCACGCUACUCAAACUGCUGGUUAACGACAAGGAUGGAGUCAGCAAGUCCGAGGUGUUUGACAUGCUGCAUUCGCGUGACGACAACGAACAACACAUCGACUUGCCUUCCUUCCCCGAGGAUGAAGAGAUCACGCGCGCAGACGGCCCGCCGGAUUCGCAGGCAGAGUUUUUGCAAGGGCCAAGCGACACAGUCCGCAAGGAUUCAAAGGAACGUUUCACGACGCGGGGUGAGCCAAUCGGCACCGCAGCUGGCAUCAUGGUGUUGGUUACAUGCAGCAUUGCCUGCCUCGCGUACACCUCGCUUGUGGUCUGGAGGAGGAUAUACUUGAAGAGAAACGGCUUGAAGCACGAACUACUUAGAAAUGAGGAAAAUAUUGCAGAAACAAGGAUAGAGCUGUGAAGACUUGAUGGACGGCAACAUAUUUUUCUAAAGGAAUUUACUUCAAGACUGAAUUUGUUUAGUAUAGUCUUAAACACAAACAACAUUAUUGUUAACUUUUGCAACGAAGAACGUACCAACGCAGGUUUUUUUGUCAAAAGUUAAGUCUACUCAUUUAUUUAAGAUUGCUUUUGAUCAAAUUUAUUGUGGACGUACUAAACUAGUUAAGAAUCACUUAAGCCCAGAAUCUUGCAUUAGUUUAGAUAUAAAGAGCAUUAUAUAACUUUUAAAAGAUAGACGCCAGUAAUAGGUACUCGCGACGCGACAUUAAUAAAAUUCUAUCAUAAAUCUUUACAAGCCUUAAUUAAUAAGUUAAUUUAUGUUUUAUCCCUUUCUUACAAAUACAUAAGUCAUAAAGACUGAUUAAGACAAACGAUUAAUAACUAAUUGAGGCUUAAUAAUGCUAUAAAUAAAAAACAGGUUACCCCUCUCAACCCCCUAAAUGACCCCCUAAAAUAAGAAAUAAGCGGUUUUGACCUAUUUACAAUAUUAGUGGUGGUAAUUGCUAUAACUGUUUCAAAUUUUAGGUAUCUAUGUCUAACGGUCUCUGAGAAAAACGCAUUUAACUGAUUUGCAAGACCGAAGUGAUCCCAUAAGUGUUCCGUUUGUCAAAACGAAGUUUUGCACGGAACACUAAAAAACGAACAGUCGCGUGUUUUCUAUAUAACCGAACUUGUAUACGUAUUUACAAUCGAACAAACUGAUUUGUGAGCUGUGAGCCCCCUUAGAACCUUUUCACAGUAACUAAAGUGUAAUAAUCAUAAUAACUUUACUUUUAAAAUCAAUGUAGGUAAUGCUAUCAUUAGCAUUGCCUAAAAAACGUAUAAAAUAUGAAAAGGUUUCACAGUAGGUCAGGAAUCAAGUUAUUCAACAGUAAAUCUGAACAGCUAUUUAAUUUAACAUCUAGUGGGGGGUUGUUAAUAUUUUUUCCCUAAUGCAAAGAGUAUAAUUAGUUUGCUAGAGUCAAACUAAGUUAUAGUAGACCGAGGCGAAUUGGAUCACAGGGCAAACCGGGUCAGACUAAAAAAAAGUUGAUAUUGAAAAUAUUGCUUAUGACUGGCGUCGCAAGCUAACACAAGACAUGUACAGCGCUAUUUUAGUGCAUUCAAAUAUAUCAAUGCAAUAUUUCAAAUAUCAACGGAUUUUUCAUCAUGAUUCGAUUCAAACUGUGAUCCGGUUCUCCUCGGUCUACCCUAUUCUAAGUCUCCAAAACAGCUAGCAAAAGUACAGCUAGGUACAGUCUGCGCUCUAUUUCUACCUUUAAAAGGACAGGUCGGGCAUUCCAUAAAAAGGUCUACUUUGUCGGGGACGUAACGCGUAUGGAAGCUACCUUAAUAACCCGCAGAAAUCUGUAUUAUAUUUAAAGAUAAGUUGUCAGACGUUAUCAUGCCAAAUAUCGACUUCAUAGCUUUAUCAGAAGUGAUAAAUAAUAACGUCACGUAGUCGACACUUUACUAGAAUGCCCUAGGACCCCUAGGUCAACAUUUCAUUGUACUAAUGAAUGAAGUUGACUGCGUGGCAGGGGGCUUAAUCGGUUUAGUUUAACCAAAAAUUGUGAAAAGCGGCGUUACAUAAGACAAAACUACACUAUAGUUCCAGGUAGAUAUUUCUUAGUAAGUUUUUUUUUUAUAAAAAUAAGGUUUCGUUUCGUCUUAUACUUAAAUAACUAUGGUAUUGUGACCUCGACAGAAUGUUAUGUUGUGCCAUACGUUUGGAUACCUUAUUGUAUUUGGAGUGAGUCGUAUUAGAUUGGCAUAUGAGGAAUGUUAUUUAUUUGUAAUAUAAAGUCAAUACAUGUCUGUGAUGUGAUUAAUGUAAGAAACCAGCAUUUUGGAGCCUAUUAAACGUAUUUACUAAGAA